AGAUUAUAUUAUUGGGUAUUGCAGGAAUAGAAUAAAUGCAUUAAUGUAUAAAAUAUUUAAAUAACAAAUUAAUCUAUGAGGAUUCUCGAGCUAUCUUUGAUGAUGACCUAAUUGAAAUACCAAGAAAAGUAAUACCAAAAUAAUGAACAUUAUUGGAAUGAGGAUGUGUGCAAGAAUAUUCUUAUAUCAAAAUGUUUCAAUGAUCUUUGGAAACAUACAUAAGAUGAUCAUGAAGGGAUACAUAAUAUGAUCAUGAAGGGAAAUGUAAUUAAAGACAUGAUGAUUAAUUCUUUAUAAAUGCAUUCAAUAAUGAUGGAGUAUGAAGAAAUAAUAGAGAGAAAAGAAUUAUACAGAAGUACCUAUAGGUUUAUUAUUAACCUGAUAAUUAUAUUAGCUCACAUCCGAGAUAAAUUAAAACAAGUAGAUAAGAUUUUGACUAAAAAUGAAGAUUAAGUUGAAUAAUCGAGCAAAUUGUUAGUAGCAUAGGAUAGACUUGAUAAUAUGGAAAGAUAAAUUAAUCUAUUGACAGAUUAAAGUGAAAAAAUGAGAGAAUAGAUGAAUCAGAGAUUUUGAUAAUUCAAGCUGAUAAUCUUAAAAAGGCGA